UCACCACCACCGCCCAAGGAGCCAUACUACCCUCCACACAGUCCAGUUUACAAGUCGCCACCUCCACCGACUCCAGUUUAUAAGUCUCCAACUCCACCAACUCCUAUUUACAAGUCGCCACCACCACCUAAGGAGCCAUACUACCCUCCACACACCCCAACCUAUAAGUCGCCAUCUCCACCAACUCCCGUUUACAAUUCACCACCUCCACCAACUCCAGUCUAUAAGUCACCACCACCACCCAAAGAGCCAUACUACCCUCCACACAGCCCAGUGUACAAGUUGCCACCUCCACCAACUCCUAUUUACAAGUCGCCACCACCGCCAAAUGAGCCAUACUAUCCUCCACCAACUCCCGUUUACAAUUCACCACCUCCACCAACUCCCGUUUACAAUUCACCAUCACCACCAACUCCAGUCUAUAAGUCACCACCACCACCGAAAGAGCCAUACUACCCUCAACACAUCCCAGUGUACAAGUCGCCACGUCCACCAACUCCUGUUUACAAGUCGCCACCACCACCUAAGGAGCCAUACUAUCCUCCACAUACUCCAGUCUACAAGUCUCCACCUCCACCAACUCCUGUUUACAACUCACCACCACCACCCAAGGAGCCAUACUAUCCUCCACAUACCCCAACCUACAACUCACCACCUCCACCAACUCCAAAUAAGUCACCACCACCACCGAAAGAGCCA